UAAAAAGUGUAAAGCAGAAAGAGUUAUGGUUCGUACUUUAAGAAGACAAGUAGAGGUGUGGCCGUUUUCUCCUUCUUGGGAAACAUUCCGAACGAGAGAAAUUGUUAGUUGUUAGUGUGUUGGCACUAGGUUAUAACAGAGUCUGAAAUCAAAACACCUAACCAACAGUUCACUAGACUAGGCUUCUACCAUAUAGAAUUAUUCAAAUGCUAUUAAAAUACUGUUUAAUUGACUGUUUUAGUACUGUUUAAGAAGGGACGCUAUCGCAUCAAUCGCUAAUCAUCUAUUGUGUUUACUGUAAGUGCGGAUAAAGUAUUUGUUCAAAAUUAUAUAUAACAGCUAUAAUGGCCUCAUGGAUUCACUGGAUGCUGUUUAUACUAUCUCUGACAAUCACAGUCUCACAAUGUGCACGUCCGGACUGUACAACUUCAUUUCUGAACAUCACCAUUACGGAAGGACCAGUUGCAAGUCUACCGCUGUUGGCCCUCAAUCUGAGUUACUACUGCUAUGAUCCCGACGUAAACGAUACCCUGUUCUACUACUUCAACAACGAUACCGACGGAGACCUGAGCCUUUUGUUCCAUAUCGAUCCUGAUAGUGGAAGCAUUUACUGGCUUAAAGCUCCAGACGCUGAGGAAUAUGUUUUUACAGACAUCCAAUACAGAGGCCCUUUUAUGAUGACAGUGGCAGUGAGUGAUAACUCUACCUCAGAGCCAUUUGUUGCCAACAUUCUUGUUGAGAUACUGCCUGUUAAUGACAUAACUCCGGUAAUAAAUACAACCAUCUCUGGUGACAUCACUAUCCCUGAAAAUUUUCGCCCAGGGCCCAUUGACAUCGUCUGCAACGCCUCUGAUGACGACCUGCCAGGUUCUGGACAUGAAGUCACUUUUGUAUGGAUCAAAGAAGGGGAUCCUGAUAAGUAUUUCAGUAUCGACAGUAAAACAUGUCAGCUGAUCUUGAACAAGCCACUGGACUUCGAGAAGAACUCCACAUUCACCUUGACCUUGGAAGUGUACGACGUCGCUCUGAACGCUCCCAAUUCCAAAAGUGCCACUAUGACGAUCACUAUCAAAGUGGAAGAUGUCAAUGAUAAUGUGCCGUCCUGCUCUAACUACCUACUCGUCGUGAGUGAACCAGAGUCUCUCACAACAAGUACAACUAUUGCAAGCCUGAACUGUACAGAUGUGGAGUCUGUCACAACUUUAAACUACACAAUAGUUAGUCAAACAGAUGUCCGAGGCAGACUUAACAUCAAUGACGUCGGUGAAAUAACGGUCAAUGAUACGCUGGACUACGAGAACGGCGACCGGACACUGUCCAUGGUGGUUCAUGUUACUGACCAGGGACCGGAUAAACUACUAACGGCUACAGUGACCUUUGUUUUAAUAGUGCAGGACGUGGACGACAAUGUGCCGGUCAUCAACCCUCCGUACACCGCAACUGUCAGUGAGAAGGCGCUGCUCGGUGAUUAUGUCAUGAGGGUCAACGCCACUGACGCGGACUCGCCCGAUUCCGUUUUCUCUAAGAUAACAUACGAGUUGUCUCAAGGUUGUACGCCAGACUGGUUUGAAAUAGAUCCAGUUAGAGGAAUCCUCUUCGUCAAAGCAGCCAUGGACUGGAGGACUUCUCAUAACGUGACCUGUCCUGUGAAGGUCUCCUCAAACGAAACCGAUUUCAACAUCACUACCAUCUUCAUUGGUCUGAUCGAAAACAACAACAAUGCCCCAUCUUUUACUCAGAGUGUCUUUCAAGGAAGCCUGGCGGAAAAUGAAACAGCAGGCUACCAAGUGGUGAACGUCACUGCCACAGAUCUAGAUUCCGGGGAAAAUGGUGCCAUAGUUUAUUCUAUGCCCUUUGCGUCACCAUUUCAGAUCGAUUCCAACACCGGAACCGUCACACUAAGUCAGUCCGGUGGUAUCGAUUAUGAAAAGGAGACGUCCUACUUGAUUCUAGUCCGAGCUACGGACAAAGGGAAGCCACCUAGGACAUCAGAGACCUAUGUGAACAUCAAGGUGCUCCCUAUCAAUGAGUCACCUCCAGUUUUUAAUGUCUACUCCACUCAACAUGUAAGUGAAGGAGCGCAGCCAGGUACCUUAGUGUUAAAGGUUAUGGCUACUGAUAGUGACCACGGCCCUGACGGAAGUGUUACCUAUCGACUGGUCAACAGCUCCGUUCCCUUCAUCCUGGACCCUACCACUGGAGAGCUUCGAGUUGGACUAGGACUAGACGCCGAUACCACUAAUUUGUACAACCUGGACAUCGUGGCUUCUGACAGCUCGAAAACUGAAGUCCAGUCCAGUAAUAUGACGCUGACCAUUAUGGUUGAUGAUGUCAACGAUAAUCCUCCUGUCUGCUCAAACAUCCUUCCUAAGGAUCUGACCAACCUGAAUGUAACAGAUGUGAUAUUAACUCUCAAGUGUACUGAUCCAGACGCCAGCAGUUCAGCUAUUACCUACACCAUAGUAGGACCAAACCCGAAUGGCAUGUUCACACUUAACUUAAACGACGGUGUUCUAAAAUUAAACAACAAACUAAGCGCAGGUAUCUUCUAUCUUCAAGUUCAAGCAUCAGACAACGGUUCGCCACCGAAAACGACCACAAUGACAAUAGAGAUGAAAUUAGACAAUACCUUGAAAUUUAAAACUUUUCCCACCUCUCCUGUCGCUGUCAACGAGAUGACAAACGUGUCCACUUCAAUAGCCAACUUUACCACAGAGGGCUCCUACGAGGCGCCUGUCUUCAGCAUCGUGGGCGGCAACGGAAGCGCAAUGUUCAGCAUCGACCACCUCAGCGGCAACGUUAGGAUCGCUAAGCUUCUGGACAGAGAGACCAUCUCGUAUUACACGUUGGUAGUUCAGGCCGAAACAGCCAGCAAGCUGACAGCCACCACCACAAUGAGCGUGUCUAUAGAAGACUACAACGACAACGUUCCGGCCUUUGCUAAUUCUUUCACGGCGCGAAGUUUUAUGGAAAACGUCACAAUGCCUCAAGUCAUUGGCGAGUUUCCGGCUCAAGACAUUGAUUCUGGAGUCAACGCAAAGCUAACUUACUUCAUAUGUUCUGGGAAUGAUGAUAACGUUUUCCAGUACGACUCUAGUAAUGGCACCCUCAGGGCUACAAAGCCGUUUGAUAAUAUGAAAACGCCCGCGUAUAAUCUAGUUUUGUGUGUCAAGGACGGUGGGACGCCCUCUCUGAAUAGCUCAACCAUUGUUCUUGUGAAAAUUGAAAGCGUGGACAAAUUUAAACCUACUAUCACGCCAUCUGGCGGGGCCGUAAGUCUCACGCUGAGCGAGAGUGUCACAGUCGGGUCCAGAGUUCUAAUCAUCAAUGGUUCAGAUCCAGACCGCGGGUCAGAAUUGAAUUACACGAUAUAUAAUGAAAGUCCGCCAAACCGUUUCUUUAUAAACUUACACACUGGUGAGGUCUACGUUAUUUACCCGCUGGACAGGGAGACGGAGCCCACUUUGAAUUUCAGUGUCAAAGUGACCAACACUAAAGGAGAGUCUGCCAACACAACUGUCAGUGUCACGCUCUUGGAUGUCAAUGACAAUGACCCCGUGUUUAACCCGUCCUCUAACCACGUGUUUUCAACAGCUUACGGCACAGCGUCUAACACGAAACUUGGCGGCUUCUCUGUGACUGACAAAGACAACGGAGUAAACGGAUCCGUAGUCUUGUCUAUCACUUCCGGCAACGCCGAUGGCAAGUUUAAAAUCAGUGGCUUUGAUUUACUUUCAAAUUCACUUUUGGGCCCCAACGUCCUUCAAAAAUACGACCUUCAAGUGACCGCUACUGACAAAGGAAGUCCAGCUCGAAGUUCCACGGCCUUUGUAACUGUUCACAUUGAACCAGAAUUCAAACAACCUUCCUUCACUGUGAAUAGCUCAGAUCCGAAAAUUCUGAAUGAGACGCAUCCCGUAGGAAGUUUGGUGGCCAAAGUGUACGCCACAAAUUUAGGGGCUACUGAAGGGUUUGCUGGGGAUCUUAUCUACUCUAUUACAAGUGGUGAUCCCAACAAAAACUUCUUCAUCGAGCCUUACGAGGGCGCCAUUCAGUUGGUGUCGCCACUAAGCUACGCCAGUAAGUCAUUCUUCUCAUUGCUAGUGCUUGCGCAGAACAGAAAGAAGCUUUCAUUAAACAGCACCGUCUUGGUCAACGUGACCGUUCUCCAGGUGAAUCUUUACACUCCGCAGUUUACGAGCGAUGUGUAUAACUGGACAGUCAAUGAAACAGCCAGCUCCGGUUCGUCUGUUGGUAAAGUCAGCGCCACUGACCUCGACGUUGGGCAGUUUGGGAAAGUAAGCUACUCUUUAAAGUCCGGGGCUCCAUUCCAGGUCAACUCCAGCACGGGGUUGAUCACUUUGGCUGGCGCGCUGGAGUACUCGCAAGCGAAAAGCUACAACUUCUACGUCAACGCCAUCGACAACGCAGGAGCUACCAGCAAGACAUCAUCCGCAGUCGUCUUUAUUUACGUCAUUGACUUCAACAACCACUCACCAGUGUUCACUAGCACCUCCUACAGCGUAAGUCUGCCCGAGUCAUUCCCCUUGAACCAGGAGUUCCUCAUUACUAAAGCGAAUGACCUUGACUCCGGGUCUUUCGGGACUGUCUCCUACACCAUCACUUCCGGUAACAGUGCAAAUCUUUUUUUCAUCAACACAUACUCUGGAUCGCUGUCUCUCUCUGGAAGCUUAAAUUACGACACUGCUGUAAAGCACGUGAUCACAGUGCGGGCCGCGGACGGUGGUAGCCCGUCGAGAUCAGCCACAGCCAGUGUCACCAUUCUGGUCACGGAUGUCAAUAACCACGCCCCGAUUUUCAGCACGAACCGGGUGGAUGUUAACAUCUCCACCGCUACGCCACCCCUCACCAACGUACACCAGGUGUCAGCCAGGGAUGAUGACGUCAACAUCAACAGUCGAUUCUUCUAUGCCAUCUCUGGCGGCAACACUCAGGGGCUGUUCUCCAUAAACACCGUCACUGGCCAGAUCAAAACCACAAGAACUGUCACCUCCGACAGCGGGUUCUACACAUUGACGAUCAUCGCCGUUGACCAGGGGCUACCUCCGCUGACCGGAACGACUACAGUAAACAUACUCGUGAAACCAGUCAUUAACAAUGUUAGCGAUUACCAAGUCGCUGAAAACGAGCCAAUAGGGACUAUAGUCAGCAAACAGGUCUUAGGAGCGAAUGCGCCUAAUUAUACUAUCGAAGGCGGAAACUACUUAAACAGCUUCAGUGUGAGUAGGACUGGCUACUUGAGUACUAACAGAGUACUGGACAGAGAGGACUAUGGAUACUACCAGCUUUAUAUGGCGAAAUGGAAUGAUUCCAAGAUGAUUGACAGCUAUUUCACCAUCUACGUUGAAGUUGUUGAUAAAAAUGACAACUCGCCAGUCUUCAGCCCUAGCUCAAUGUACAUCUAUGUGCUGGAAAAAACUCCCGCUGGAACCACUGUUGGUCAGCUGACCGCUACAGAUCUAGAUGGGCCUAAUAACAACGUCAUCACGUACACCAUUUCGUCCCAGUCCUCUCAAGCAGGCCAGUACUUCAGCGUGGACAGUGCUACUGGGCAGAUAACAGUUAAGAAGCCUGUCGACUAUGAAACUGUUUCUUCCAUGGUGAUGAGGGUUGUCGCAACGGACAACGGCACGCCUAAGCUCUCGUCCACGGCCACUGUCAAUGUCAUUGUAGAAAAUUUUAAAGAAACAAUUAUAGCACAUGGUUUUAAUACAACCUACUUCAUCUCCCACGAGUUCCCUCACGAUGCUGCCAGUGGGGAUGUUGUAUGCAGUUUGAUCCCUGAAGAUUUUGGUUUGGAUUCCAAUGUGAAUAGGAAGAAUGAUACAACUUCAGUGGGCAACAAUGUCUUCAAUGUAUCUAGAGCUGGUGUGGUCAUUGUUAACUUGAAGGACCAUAUCUAUGAGAAUGGCCGCUACUUCCAGUGGGUAGUGCUGACCACCACUGACCCCUACAAUACCACCACUCUUAUGGGUCUUGUUCGCCUGGACACAUUUAAUAAGGACAAACACCUGGUGGCUGUAGUUGUUAGUUUAGAUGAAGCAUCACUAGAGGCUAAAAAAGAUGCCCUUUUAGCAGACUUGCAAGCCAAGUUUCCCUCACCAAUGAAAGUAAAAUUAUGGGACAUUCAGUCAACAACUACAGUUACUAACAGAAGACGAUUAUUGGCAACCGAGUCUUCUGCACUGAUUGUUGUUCUUGCUGACAGCGCAACUGACUCAAUAAAUAAUGUGGACCAGAGUAAAACUUUCCUAACCCAGUCUGAAAUUCUUGCGAAACUUCAAAGUAAUAAAGAUGGAACCCCUGUCAGUGGUCUGACAAGUGUCCCAGUAAGUAAGGUGGCACCCUACACUGAUGUGACGACAGACAGUAGCAUGGACACUGCCAUGAUUGUCCUCAUUGUUUUUGCCGUGCUUGCAGGCAUCAUCAUCAUAGCAGCAAUUAUAGCCAUCCUGGUCUACUGCUUCAUCUACCGAAGAAAGAAAGAUAAAGAAAGAGAAAUCUUAUUAACUAAAGACAAGAAAAAAGAAGAAACUUUCUCUAAAAGUGCUCCGAUACUCACAAGUCUGGGAGAAGAGAAAAACCAUACACCAAUAUACAGUCAAGUGAAUGAUUAUAACAAAAUCACUGACCAACAUACAAACCUAACUGACCGUAGUGUCAACUCACAAAAGCCUGUCCAGAAAGAUAAAUCACCAACACGUUCAGAAGCAAACAUUGUUAAAGAUAGCCCACCUGACCCUGAUGAUGAUGGACAGCCUACCCAGCCUGUGGUAGCCACCUAUAUAGCUACAACCUAUUCUGCUCUGGAUGACCCACUGUCCAGUACAACUAGUCUUGACAAAUUGCCUGUAGUUGAGGAGGAGGAGAGCCAUAUCAGUCAUGCGUAAAUAGACUGUUGUCCAUCCUGUCACAAAGAAUGUCUGCCGGCCAGUUUGCUAAUGUUGCAGCAUGCUUUGACUGUUUAGUAAAUAUUUAUGGAAUGAAAACAAACUUUCAAUAAUUAAAAAAUAAUUAAAUCAAUGUAAGUUUUUUCAUCAAUCCAUUAAAAAAGAUGUGUAUCAUUAAUUAGAUGUUUCUAAAAAAUAUUUUCGGGGAUGUUUUUAGAGAAUUAGCAAAUUAUUUUGUAUACCUUACUAUUUAAAAUUGUUUAGUAACUAAGAUGAAUUGAUCAAUGUAUUGAUAAAAAGAUAUUCUAAAUAGCAAUGCUAGUGUACGGAGAAUAGAGAAAAUGAGAUAACCCGGUGUUGACUUGCACUUUUGAAACAUAUACGUUUUUUUAUAGUAUUGGAAAUAAAAGUUUUAAUUUAGACAA